AUGUCCAGUCACGCACAGAAAGCUCACAGACAUCUACGGUUCGGCACAUGUAGAAAUACACAAAGCAGCGCGAGCGGAGCGGUCUGGGUCCUAUGGUUCCAAUGGGCCAAACUGGUUCCAAUGGUUCCUCUGGUUCCUGUGAGAGUUCCCAGCGGCUCGUCCUGCUUUGGUGCCCGUGUUGAAGUGCCCUCCUCUCGGUCACACGCACACGCUCUGCCUCCGUGUCUUUCCCCAGCUGCAGUGAGAGCCAGGAGCCCGAAGCUCAGGGGCCAGGGCGCCACAGACACCUCCCACUGA